UCUCUCAAUCGGAGCCCAUAAACGUUAACUCCCGACUCAGAGCUCGACUCCUCAUCCAGCUAACAACCCCAGCCGGACAGCAAGGAGAUGCCACCCAAGACCAAAGAAAAAGGGAAGAAAACUGGGGCACAGAAGAAGAAACAGAAUGCGGGUGCUGGUGAGUCAGGGCGGCUGGAGGGCAGAUGUGGAGGCCAAGUCCGCGCACAGGCGGACAGUGCUGGAGAAGGAGCUGCUCCAAGACCACUUGGCUCUUCGGAGGGAUGAGGCCCGCCGGGCCAAAGCUUCUGAAGAGCAGCUGAGGCAGAGGCUGCAAGUGCUGGAGGCUGAGUUGGAGGAGGCCCGAAGUGAGGGGAAGGCCAUCUAUGCAGAGAUGAGUCGUCAGUGCCGGGCCCUGCAGAAGGAAAUGGAGAUCCACAGCAGGAAGCUGGAGGAAGAAGUGACGGGCCUUCGGGAGCAGCUGGAGACGUGCCAGAGGGAGGCCGAGGCUGCACGGCAAGAGGCUGAGCAGGCCCUCGGAGAGCGGGACCAGACUCUGGCUCAGCUUCGGGCCCACAUGGCAGACAUGGAGGCCAAGUAUGAGGAAAUCUUACAUGGCAGCCUGGACCGACUCUUGGCCAAGCUGAGAGCUGUCAAGCCUCAGUGGGACGGGGCUGUGCUGAGACUUCACGCCAAGUACAAGGACUCACCAGUUUGGGCUCAACCCCCUGGAUCUCUGAAGCUGUAAGCCACUUGGAGGCUCCAGCAAUAAAGCUAUCUUGAUGUAGAACUCAA